AUGACUGAUAUGGUAUUUAGCUCAAGAGUAUGCGAAAAUAUAGAAAAAGGAAAAUAUCCUAGUACGUAUAUUUUUCCACCUGAAAAGGGGAUUGAAACGAGAAGACCUAUAACAGAAUUAAACUUUGCCUCAUUAUAUUCCAGUCUCAUCAUAGCUUAUAAUCUCUCUCCAGAUAAAAUAAUACUAACAUAUGAAGAGGCUGAUAUUGCAGAAAAAAACGGAAACAUUUUACAUAAGAUUGAGUUUCCAUUCAAUAACUGCACCGUCCAAGCUAGAAGUGUAAGACAUGAUAAUAAAUUUGAAAAGAAGAGCUUAUAUCCUGUUAUAUUAGAGGAUUUAUCUAACAAGAGGCUGGAGCUUAAAGCAUGUCUGGCUCCACUAGGAAAGAAAAGGCAACAUCUUGGGAAGAUAAUAAGUUCAGCUAAAAAAAAGCAAAAAGCUUUAAAGGUAUAUAUGAACACUUUUUAUGGGGAGGCAGACAACUCAAAAUCUCCAAUCUUUCUCCGUGAAUUAGCUGGAAGAACUACUUCAGCAGGAAAAUAUAAUCUUAAUCUUGUCACAGAAUUCGUAACAAAGAAAGGGUUUGGGAUAAAAUAUGAUCUUUCUAAAGAAGCGUAUUGGACCAAAAUGGUCAAUAUUACUAUGAUUGUGAUGAAAAGCUUGCGUGAUCAAGUAAAUGCUUAUCUUAGGAUAAAGAAUAGCACAUUUUAUCUUAAGAUGGCAUAUGAAGAGGUAUUAUUUCCCGUUUGCUUCACUGGUAAGAAAAAAUAUUUCGGUAUAUCGCAUGAAGAUGUGGUUAAUUUUAGGCCAAAUGAUCUCUUUAUGAGAGGAAUUGAUACUAUGAAGCAAGAGAAUUUUGACCUCUUCAGGUUUAUCGGAGAAAAGAUUAUGUGGGAGGCAAUGAGUAUUAAUAAUAUACAUUCAAUUCGUAAAAUUGUUGAAGACGCUCUUUGGGAUGCUAGAUUUAAGCAAUGGGAUUUUAAUCAGUUUAUUGCGAUGUCUAAAUGGAAGGCUAAAGGAGGCCUCGCAUGCAAUAAAAUAUUUAUAGAGCGGAUAAAAGAAAGAAUAGCAAAUGGAGAAAAAAAUAUAAAGAUCCCUGACUCUGGCGAACGCUUUAGCUAUAUCAUUAUGAAUAACAGUCCUCGUUAUAAAAAAGAUGGUUCAAAAUCGACAAGAAAGGAUAAUUACAUGGAGUUCGUAAAUAUUGCAAAAGAGUUUAAUAUGGAUAUAGAUAUCAGGUACUAUUUAGAAUAA